UGCAGGAACGUCAUUUCCUUGUUACCGGAAGCACAGGGCACAGCCGCACUCGGGUAGAGACUGUGCUGCAUUGUCGCCAGGGUUUUCAGGUAGAGAUGUAGUCUAACGAGUGGUAACUAUCUAAAAGCAUGGAAGACCUGACUGACUUCUUAAGACGAAGAGAAGUCUCUGAGGAAAUAAUACAAACCCUGGAGAAUGAGAAGUGAAUUAUUUUUCCCUCUGUAGAUCGAUGCCAGUGUUAUAAAUCUGAUGUCAGAUGAGGAGCUGAAGACUUAUCUACCAUCAUAUGGUGAUCGCCUUGCAGUAUUUGGAUUUUGCAGACGGCAGGGCAACAGCCGAAAGUCGACGCUUUUUGAACGUCUGAAAACCAAAUUGUCCAAAAGAAAAACAUCUGAAGAUGGCAGCAGCACAGCGCAAGAACAUUCAGAACCAACCCAUAAAAGAAAUGCUCUGAAGACAAAGAGAAAAAUAGAAAUAGGAUGGAUGCAUUAUGAUGAAGAUGCUGAUGUUUUCAAGCAGGUUAGAGCUAGACGAGGAGGAGGGACAAGAAAAAUGGUAAUUUGCAAGGAUGCUAAGAAAAGUGACAUAUUACAGGUUGCAAAAGAUCUGUUCUUUCCAAAUGGAGGAAAUGUUCGGGGGCCCUUAACAGAUUUUGAAUGUGAUCUAAAGGAUUAUCAAGAGAUGACAGUUGAUGGUGGAUUAACAGUUGGAGAAAUGUACAAUGUUACAAAACUAAAUAUCCUUAGGUUUUACCUGACCACAAAAAAACCCCAAAGCAGCCCAGGUUUGCAAUCAUCUUCUCAAGACCAAAACUCCUCUUCUUUUACUGUUGCUACAGUUUCUUCAUUUGCUCCUUUUGAACAAGUCAGCCCUGAUGUGACACAAACUGUAGACACUACAGACAAUAACCUUUCACUCUCUUCCAUGCAGGCUGUAAGUGAUAACUCUUCUUACAGCAGUGACAUUGUUUUUGUUGGACCUGUCUCUGACAGUGAGUCAAUAAAUUUGGACGACACCCUGGUUUUAACUCCACAACCUGGCCCAACCAGUGAGAGAAUGAAAAGAGUACUAGUCGUUCACAGAGGGCAGGUAAUGCCAGAGCUCAUUUCACAUUUUAGUGCUAAUGAUCUCGAAGAUGUUGACAUUAAAAUCCAGCUUGUACUGCCUGAUGGAACACCUGAAAAAGCUUAUGAUAAUGGAGGAGUUGUAAGAGACUGUCUUUCAGAAUUCUGAAAGGAAUUCUAUGACCAGUGUACCACUGGAACUGCUUACAAAGUGCCCUUCUUAAGGCAUGAUUUUGGGCAGCAGGAGUGGGAGAGUGUGGGCAGAAUCAUUGCAUUUGGAUGGGCCACAGAGAAAUAUCUCCCUGUGAAAAUUGCCCCUGCCAUUCUGGAACAAGCUGCCUUUGGAUAUGUGAAGAGUGAUAUUGUGGAGAAUUUUCUCAAGUUCAUGCCUGAAUCUGAGCGUACAGUGUUAGAGGCGUGGCAGUCAGAUUUUAGCAGUGUGGACCAAGAAGAACUUGUAGACAUACUUGAUAACCAGAGCUGCAGAAGGAUGCCAACAGCCUGCAAUGCUACCGAAGUCCUAAUGGAGCU